AUGAUGCUCAAAGAAAGUCAAAACAGAGAAAGGAAAGGAGAAUAUGCAAAAGUGAAGAAGGUGUACAAAAAGACGAUCGAAGAAGCGAAAGAAAAGUGGUGGCAGGAGAAAAAGAGAUACACAAGAUCAGCAGAUGCUCCGGAAAGUCUGAGUAAAAUGUUGAGGGAGUUAGAAAAAUAUGUGGACAAAAACGAAUUAAGAGUGAUCGCAAAAAAGACAAAGAUAAUAAUGUUUGGAAAUGAUGGAAAGGAAGUGAACAAAAGGUGGUGCUACAAAGGCGAGAAACUUGAAGUUGUAAACAGUUUUAAAUAUUUGGACUAUGCCUUUACCACCAAAAAUAGCCAUAGUAAUCACAUGGAAGUGAUGAAAAAUAAAGCCAAUAAAGUGGCCAAUGCGACAUGGGAAGUGAUAAACAAAACGGAAAGAAAUAACAUAAAAGACAGGAUGUACUUAUAUAACACUGUAGUGACAGCAGAAUGUCUUUAUGGUGUCGAAAUAUGGGGAAAUGAAAAAAUAGGUGGGAAGAUAAUAAUGGAGAAUAAGCUAUUGAGAAUAGCUAAUCAACCAACGGUUCCGGGAAAGAAAAACAAGAACGAUGACGACAAUACGCUAAAUAAUGACACAGAAAAGAAUAAAUCGAGAGAAAUUACACCUAACUUUGAGGAAAGGACGAUUAGAAAUAAAAAAAAAGACAACGAACCAAGUGAUCAAGAUAAAAAUCAAGGAAAUAAUACGAAUAGCAGUGACAAAGAAGAUGAUCAGGCACUUAACUUAAGAGAAAUAAAACACGUUACGUCCGGUAAUAAUACCGGAGUGACAAACAAUGGAGAAGUAACAAAAAACAAUGAAGAAUUCGAUGAUGAUGACGAUGAUGAUUAUGAUAUUGUUGACGGAAUCGUUAAUUCCGAAGAACGGUUGUGCUAG